AUGGCGGACCUCGAGGCGGUUUUGGCUGAUGUUUCCUAUUUAAUGGCGAUGGAAAAAUCGAAAUCCACGCCGGCCGCACGUGCGAGCAAGAAAAUAGUGUUGCCUGAUCCAUCGUAUGUAGAUUAUUACGAUCGCUUUUAAUUCAUAUCCCUAGGAUUGAGUUUGUUAACCUGAGAAUUUAGGUCUGUUCCAUCAACGACCUUGUUGCCUUUAUAUUUCCAGUGUUUACCAUGUAAUGCACAAGUAUUUAAGCGAAAGAGGAGAGGUCCAAUUCGACAAAAUAUUCGAUCAAAGGAUAGGUAAGCGAAUCGUUCCAAAAGUAAUGUAUAGUUAGGCUGCUGUCGUGUUUCUAACGCGCUUCCUUUCUCGAAAACUAUAUAUGAUCAGUGUAGUAUACCUCGUAAACCAUGCUAUUCAUUUAGCUUUUAUGCUUUUUCGACGACGCUCUGACGGAUGUAAUCUUCUGUUUCAUUUUCAAGGUUAUCUGGUCUUCAAGGAAUUUUGCGAAACCCAAUGCGACGAACCGGUCCCUCAGCUGGCAUUUUACGAAGAUGUGAGUGAGCGAGCUUUUAUAUCUUACAUUAAUUUAUUUAUUUACCUUUGUAUUUUCCCAACUUUGUGCAGGAAGCUGCUAAGCAGCCGCAAGUUUACAAGAAUAUUUUCUUGAGUGGGCGGGUGCUUGUUGUGCAAGCUUAACUGGAGAAGCGUGAUAAAUAGUCGUCAAAAAUUUCUCAGAUAGCCUAGCCAGGUUGUUAGCUCAACUUAUUGCUGCAAUUCGCGAGCAAUGAAUUUUUUUGAGUCAGCUGUAAAUUGUGGCAGCUUUUUUCGCCUACUAGAAGACUUUUUUUUCUGGGUCGCCAAAAUGAGCUUGCCAUUCGUUAGAAAAUAUACAGUAUUUGCUGUGUUUCUUUUUUUUGAAAGCUCGUAUUUACUGCCCAGUGACUGUGGAAAGGAAGUGCAAGGGUGUAUUGUAAGAGGGCAUGUUGGAAUUGUCAGCCACGGUUUACAACUAACACAAUUCCACUUCCUGCCUUUAUAUUCAACUGGCACGAUACUUAAUGCGCCAAACUAGAUCCUACGCUAAAUAAUGAAAACCAACUAAUUUCUCGGAGUUUGGGAACUUUAAUUGCUUCGUUUUUUGCACGAAUUAUAAAGAUGUUCCCUUUGUGCCCUCGGAACAUUUGUUUUGCCGUUGAGUUGUUGUCAUGGGUCGUAAAUCACCGGUAGAGUGAUCCUGCAAGUGGCAAAUACAAAAUAGGUUUAAUUUUGAGAGCUAUAAUUUGGAUUUUAUCUAUUCUUCGUAUGCGUGCAACUAUUGUUUUCGAAAAAGCUCAGCAACAUCGAGUUGAAUUUUCAAUGUUUUUGCGUUGCUUUUGAAUAAACAUAGUUGAAAUCGACACCCUGCCCGUUCUCUCAAUCGCUGCUUAUUGAAACACGACUCGACGAAACAGCUUUUAACAAACACCGUUACGGGCGUUUAGUCUGUGUUUGCUCCCGCGUUUCUUAGUCCGAUCAGCGUGCUCUUAGAAGAUUUAAGCGUUCACGGCGCCAAAAUUAGCACGUCCAUAAUCAUUUUGUUCUUCUCGCAUGUACAAAUUUAAUGCUGGUCAACACGAUGGUGCAUUGAAAUCAGUUGUGACAAUUGUUAUGCUCUUAAACCACAAAUUUGUUUCUCUUUGAGUCUUUCAUUCACUAAAAGUGCCUUCCUCUUGACUUUUUUUUCUCUAUCGCACGAUCUACCUGUUCAUAAAAAUUAAAACUACCAAGGGGAGAAAGUCAUGGAAAUUUUGUUUUUAUGCGAUUCCCCGAGGAGUUGCUUUGAACAUCAUUACCAGAACAAAACCGAAAUUAUAAGGCAAGAUAAUUGGAAAUAGGGUACAAUUUGAGGGUGAUUGCUAUGCCCGAGUUUGAUCGUCCCAUGAAUCUAUUUUUUUACCGUUUAACUCUUGCAGCCCAGUUUUUUAUCUGCCAAAGUGAAAUCUUAACUUGUAAAUUAUUAAUGAAUGUCUAUGGUAAACAGAAGUAAAGGAAUAUAAUUCAUAUUAUUCACUUGGUAUGUGCUUGAGUCUUAACUAUAUUGGACGAGAAAUUUACAAGAUAAAAAGUGUCGUUUUUUGCUCAGUGAACUUUUUUGUAAAAAGUAAUAUCUAGCGAUUUCUUCUCAGUUAAUUGUAAUAUUUUUGUUUAGUCUAAGGUUCGAUUUUAUAUUCUAAAUGCAGUAAAAUAAAAUUAGAAGCAGAGAUAUUGUUGCCUGGCAAACCAUAGUUUUCAUGGGAUUUUACCUAGUGCACAUGCUGUUGCCUUAAUAUUAAUGAUGUCCAUGUGACGAAGAUAUUAAAAAUUGAAUUAUUUUAUUGAUCUUUCAGGUAUUGUAAUCAUGAUUAUAAAAGAUCUUCCCAAGCAAAUGUUGUUUGCAAACACAUAGUGUAUAUCAUUGUUAUUCUUGGCAAAUCUUGGUCAUCAAAUUUAUUCACUGAAAUUGCUAGAAUGAAGUGAAAAUUAUUUUAAGUGGUUCAUUUAUGCAUGAAAAGGUGAUUUGCAUACAUGUCAUGCAACUUUCAUUUAAAUCAUACAUCGUAUGUUUGCUGAAAGCCAUGUGGAAUUACACUUUUGAGAGUUUAAUUUUAGCUUGUUUAAACUUGCGAGUUCCAGUUACCUACAACAUUUGAACUGAUCACUCUCUUACCCUUUGUGAAUUUUCACCAUGAUUUUGAAGUCUAUUUGACAUGCACGUGGCAGUUUAAUAAAAAAUUUCCAAAGCAUGGUCGUUAAUAAGUUGUAUGAAGGACUUUUGUGUUUCAUUAAAUUAACAGCCAUGCAUGUAACAAUGUAUGUGUAACUAACAGGUCAUAUAUUUAAAAACCUGCCCUUAACUUUAGACUUGUAAUAAUUUUAUUCAUCUGCCUUGUUUCCCAUAAUAACAUGUCUAGUAUAAAUACAGGAAAUAACACAGGCAGAUGCAUUAAAUGUCAAUUGUAUUAAAAUGUCUGAUUCAGACGUCUAAACCAAGACGACUACAAAGUAUUGUUUGUAGCAUCAAUAUCAUAUUUUCCUCAUCAAUGGUGACAAAUUUUGUUCUUUGCAUGCUUGAUUAAGUGAUGACAAGAAGACAGUUUUGCUUUUUUUGUUCACUUUUAAACGUGUUGUUUCCAACCUGUAGUACUGUUAUUUGCAUCGUAUUUUAUAGAAACGUUUACAGUGUAGCUUUGAAGAAAAAAAAACAGAAACACUACACAUAUAGUUUUCAGUUACUUUCCUUCUUUAUACUUUUUGGGGGAAGUCUUAAUUUUUUUUCAGAUCAUUGUCAUAACAGUGAUAUAUUUACAUAGCUAAUGUCAUAAUAAAUUAUCAAUUGUGACAGGUGUACAACCCUGAUUUUGUAAUGCAGGUUUUUUAGUCAAGAGGUUAAAUUAAAUUUUAAUUUAAACAUUAAUAAAUACUCCCAAAAAAAGGUUUUUCAGUACCUACUUACAAAUAUAAAUGCAAGCUAUAUCUAACAAGCUUAUAAUUGUUAAAUGCUAACUGUCAUUCGAUCAUUCAUUCAUUACAAGUUUCAAGGCUUUCUUAAAGGCCUUUACAGUUGUAGCGUUUCUAAGGUCUUCGUGUAAUGUGUUCCACAGGGAUACUGAUCUAUAGGCGAAGGUACGUUGGCCAGUGGCUGACCUGAAUAAUGGGAUUUCGAACUUCUCAUUAUUACGGGUUGUGCAAUUAUGUACAGAAGAUCGUUUUUUAAACUUAGCACAUAGGUAUUCAGGAGCUAAAUUGCUGGCACACUUAUAAGCCAUAACAACGUCUCUGAAUUUGAGCAUCUUGCUAACUGGAAGCCAGUUGAGUUGGUCAAGUAAUGGCGUCACGUGGUCAUAUUUCCGAGCACCGCAGAUCAUUUUGCAGGCGAAAUUCUGAAUAAGUUCCAGCUUUUGGAUGUUCUUAGAUGAGGUAUUAGACCACACGGUCGAACAGUAGAGCAUUUUGCUAAAGACAAGAGAUGUAAUAAUUAAAACCAAAGUCUUUCUAUCAAAACAAUAUUUCAGGCGGUUGAUCUGAACCAGUUUAGUCAAGCAAGAAGAGACUAAGUGGGAGAUAUGAGUGUCAUAGGUCAGGUGUAAAUCUAUGUGUACUCCUAGAUCUCUUGCUGAUUCGACAGCCAUAAGAGUCUUUCCAAUACUUUAUACUUAAAUACUAAUACUUUAUACUUUAUACUUGUGUAUUUUGCAUGAUUAGGCCAUUUCGGAAAAUAUCCAUACCGUAUAACAUGGACGGCUUUUGGGAAUUCCAAGGGCAAGGAGGGUGGUUUUAACUAGAAAUCCAAAGGCAUGGUAGAUACUUAUGAUUGGAAUUCCGAAGAUGUGGUUGGUGGACAUCUGAAAUUUCUACAGGGAAAGACAGACAGGAGUUUACAUGUAUUCCUUGAAAAUUCUUUUUGUAUGGACUUAAUCAGUUAGCAAAUAAAGCAUGAUCUGAUGACACUGCUAAUGACCAUGGAAGCAGGAUACAAGACAAGCAUUGAUCGAUCAGCCAUGUGUUCAUUUUCAUUUGCAGAAGAAAACCAAAAUGCUUCAUCAGUAGUUAGCUUCUAUAGCUUGACUAUUAUGUGUAAACCAAAGGACUUGCUAUGAUUCCAUAUCAUAGAGGUAUCAUAUGACUGACUCACCAAACUGAAUGGGAGGAGGCGUUAACAACUCUGAAAUUCCGGGGACAUGGUGUGGGGGGAGGGGGGAUGCAUUUUGGUCAUUCCUGAAGUGAUGGGGGCGGUAAAAUAUGGUAGCCUUCUGUGGUACGGUAUGGAUAUUUUCUAGAAUCACCCAUUAUUUCCAGGAAAAUCUUUUCCCAAAGAACAACUGCUUAUGCUGGCAAAUGUGUUGGAACCUUUUGCAUUUAGCAAGUAUGGAAGUUUGUAUUUUCAGCUUAUUAAGUGUUGCAACUGCACUCUCUAAAUAUCAACUUUGACAUGACUGUUUUUGUACCAAAUCGAGAAUAAAAUUAUUAAGAAUGUAAUAACACUAAUAAUGAUGAUAAUGAUAAUGAUGAUAAUAAUAAUAAUAAUAACAACAAUAAUAAUAAUAACAUAAUGAUGAUGACAAUAUCUUAUUUUUUAAUCUUUUAGUAUAGUAUUGUGGGAUAUAUUUUGAGUCAUGCCUCCAUUGUAUUGUGGUCAAAACCUAAAGCCAGGAGUGUUAACUAAUUAGAAAAAAAAAUCAUUUUUUACUUCAGAUAAGAGAGUAUGAAAAACUACAGUUUCAGGAAGACAGGUUGAAGAUGGCACGAGAAAUAUUUGACAAAUACAUCAUGAUUGAGCUCCUUGCAUGUUCACAUGUAAGUGUUUAAGUAAUUGAUCUUUUAUGAGUAUUUUUAUGUAUGUAUGUAGGUUCUGUUAUUUGUUUAGUAAUGCAGUUCAGCUAAAUGUAUUUCCUUUAAGAAUAAUAUAAUGGCUUUAAUGCUAAUUAGGGCUGUCACUUAGAUUUCAAGUUGGCAAAUACAUGCAAACAGGGAGCUUGAACCAUUAUUUUCCCAGUGGAUGAAGAAAGUUGUUGGCGCUCUGUGUUGUCUAGCAACGCAAACGGUGCACAAAACAUUUUUUGAAAGGGAACCUCCACUCUUACUACAGAAUAAGUUUAAAUCGAAUAAAAUUAUGUUGAUAAACAAAUUUGUUCGAAAUUUGUCUUAAAAAAAGUGUUUAUAUCAGAAAAAGUGAAUUUUAAAAUCGCUUAUUUUUCUUUUUCAAAUUUUUAUGCGCCAUUAUCUUGAAUAAUUGUGACGUGUUACGGUUGCUCUAUUGUUCUGACACAAAGAGCUUUUGUUUAAUAACAAUAGGGCAACCAUUACACGUCACAAUUAUUCAAGAUGGCGAUGCCUGCAAAAUUUGAAAACAAAAAUAGGCGAAUCUAAAAGUUAUUUCUUUCGGAUACAAACGCUUUCUUUAAAAAUAUUUUAGAUUGACUUGACUGUAACAGUUAUUUCCUGUGAUUUAAAGUUAUCUUUUUGUUGAAGUGGAGGUUCCCUUUAAAAGGGGAGCACCUACAUGUAGAGAAGGGAGACUAAUGAUGUUUGAACAAACUGGACAAAAGAGAAACCUUAAAAAUACUAGACUAAAAUUGUGAAAAGCAGCAAAAGGUGAGACCAACUAUCCCUGUACACCAACAUGGGGAAAUGACAGAAAGAUACUAGUACAACUUCAACUGAUGUACCUAACAAUUUACCAACUAAGAUAAAUAUGAGCUGUAUAAGAGACCAAUUUAAACCUGUCUAAAAGAUCAAUGGAGAGGCAGAACAAGACAAGGCAAGCAUCAUAUAUAUCAACUGACAUUCUGAGGAUUGUAGGAAGACAUUUAAGACAAACAGCUUUAUCAACAAAUUGACCUACAGCAAAAUAUUAAGAGUUUGUAUAAUUAUUUCAUAUUACAGUCGUUUUCCCAAAGUGCUCUGGAACAAGUUCAAAGUUCAAUUAUGAAGAAAACAAAAGAGCUUCCAUCAACGUUAUUUGAGGUAAGAAAGUAAUAAAGUAUUUCAUAAUUUGUCUCUAUUUGAUGUCCAGGGAAAAUAAGCCAGUAAGCUUGGUUGUUUAGGAUGUUCAUGGUUUUUACACAGUCUUGGAUUCCUGGAAGAGUCUUGUAAUUUGCAAUCCAGUUGUCCAGAUCAGAAAGUGUAAAAAGUAAAGAUACAAUUGUUAAUUCUAAUAAAGUCUUGAAAAAUGGUAAAAAGUCUGUUACUUUUUGUUUCAAGAUUGCAUUAAGUGGGUAAUUGCUUAAGUAAAGUUUUUUAGUAGUCAAAUCCUAUCAACAGAACUCUCUUAUGUCCACAUUGCUCUAUGGUUACUAUACAGUUGCAGUGCAUUAUGGGUAAAGCUUGUUUCCUGAAUUUUUCAAGGGUUCUAUCAAUGAUUGAUUUGAUUACCUCAAGUCUGGAAAAAGAAUAUUAUUAAAUUAGUCUUUUGCAAAUGCAUAAAUCCUGGAUGCUCCUAUUGUUGAUUUUUUUCCUGGAAUUGUCUUACUCCUGUCUAUUCUCCCCCCUUGAUUUUCCCCAAUGAGGGUUGACUGGUUAUAACCCACAUGAGGGGUGGCGAAUGGUAAAAUCUGAGACUCGCCGAGACGCCGAGAUCCUAGUUAGAAAUCCGAGCCCGAGACUCUUUGGGAAAAAGUUUAGAGACUCAAAAAAAGUAAAAACAAACCAUGCAAAAACGAGACUUCGAGACUUAUCAAAAACGCUUCCGAGAUUUCGAGAUCCUGCCAAAAUUUUCCGAGACCCAUGUUUUUCGAGGUACCAUUCGCCACCCCUCACAUGAUCCCUUUUAGCAUGUCCAGUUAAGCUUUGUCCAUAAGCUCUCUUUCUCUUUACAUUUCUCCCUCUUCUGCCAUUCUUUCCUAUUCUUCCAGCUGUUAAAAUUAUCAGGAAGAUAGUACAGUGAAGGUUUUCAUUAAGAAUUCUAGUAGCAGGAGAAAGGUGUAACACUACAGGAGAAUAUUUUGAAAGAGGCUCGACAUAUCAAUAAAAAUUAGUCAUAGAGGCUACUGAACAUCAGGUGGAUAAUUCUGCAUAGUAAACAGACAAUUCUCCAAUCUCCAACGCUAAAUGAACACCCUGACAGUGUACACAAACAUAUAAGUACCCAAAAAUAAUUAGAUUUAAAAGGAAAAUUUAUAAGUAAUUUUAGUUGCUGAUAUUGGAUAUUAUUCAUUUUUAUUUUUAAAGCCUUACAUGUUAGAAAUCAGAAACAGUUUAAGAGGAUCAAUCUUCCAAAAGUUUUUGAAAAGGUGAGUGUCUCAUACUUUUAUUUACCGGUAUGUUAGUUUUGCGGUUUUUGGCCCUUUUUAGGUUGGUUUUUCAGUUUUUGCACUUUAAAAGCGUGAUCCUUUUGUCAGGUUUUGGUGUCUUUUGCAGUUUGUGGUGUUUCCUUUUUUGGCAUUUGGGUUUUGGCAAAAAUACAAGUGGUUUUUGGUGUCCGAUGCGAUUUUAAAUCCAAGCCAAAGGUGGUCUUUGACUGACCUUGUGCUUAAUCUGCCUUCAACAGCUGCAUGCCAAAAGGCACCUGCAAAUACUACUUCUCCCUACCCAAAUCCUAUUGCACGCGACAGGUUUAUAUGAACGGGGUAAAGGUGGCUUUGGUUGUUUGCUUAUUGAGUUUUCAAUAAUUUAUUGUAUUAUAACAUUGCAUUUCACUACAAUGCAGCUAAUGACUUUUAUUUUCAAUCUAGUGACAGAUAUAUCAGAUUUUGUCAGUGGAAAAAUGUGGAGCUAAAUAUUAACGUACGUUGGCAUCUAUCACUUAAAUGUGUGAACAUGUACUUGAAUCAAGACACAAUGUACAGAAUGUACUUGCAGAGUCUGUAAUAUUAGAGGACUCAAUAUAUAGUCUUAAAUAAUUACAGUUCUGGUCAAAAAGUAAAUUACACUACCAGUCUUGUCUUGUUUCUUGUGAGGUGAGCAUCUCAUUGUGUGAGACAAGUGGUCUUGUCUUGCGAGAAUCAAUAAAGUUUGUUAUUUUUAUUUACAUUGUAUUGAGCAGAGUGAGAUAAAUGUGUUCCUUUCAAUUGUCAUAGUUUUGAUCUGCUUCUACGUGUAAUUAGGGCACAGAAGAUGUUUGGUUGUGCUAUUUGCGAAUGUGGCACUUGAAAGAGUCUUGUCUCUAUUAAAGCUGAGAUGCUAAUCUUUUGAGAUGAGACUUCAACUCUCAAGAUGAGAUGCUCAUCUAGCCAGAGGAUAUUAACUUAUGUACUUUAAGAUACUUACACCCAAUAUUUUUAAUGCAAUCACUAUCAUUUUGAAGGAUGUAAUAUGCUAAUUUAGUCAACUUUGCUCUUUCCUCAGCUAACCAUGAAUGAUUUUAGUGUACAUAGAAUUAUUGGCCGUGGUGGAUUUGGAGAGGUGUAUGGCUGUAGAAAGGCUGACACAGGAAAAAUGUAAGACUAGUAAUUGUGUAAUUUUGAAUGGUUCAGCUUCUUAAGCAAGAAUGUUCUAACCCAGUGCCUGUGAAUUUGAAACUUGAACAGGCUUAUUAAGAUUACUCUCAAUUUGGCCAGUAAUUAUGAUCAGAGGUACAUUGUACAUGUGGCCUAAUUCAGAAUUAUAGGUGAGUCGAUCAGUGUUUAGUCGGUUUGGACAGUGGGUGUUGUUGAGAACUUUUUGCACUGAAAUUUUUUAAAUUAAAAUUAAUAAAAAAAUGUGGUUGUAAAACAAAGCAAAAUAAUGUUUCAUUGGUUUGAAGAUAGUUCUUUACAAUAAAGUGAAAUUUUAACAUUGUUUCAUUAUAAUGAACAAGAAAACCUACCUUGUGGUAUGUAUUCUGCUCUCCCUUAGUCUUAGUCUUUCUGUGUGGGUUUCCUUUUUGUUCACCAACAACUGUAACUUGAGCUUGGGCCUGUUGUGGUCUUAUCUGGAAAAAAAGAGACCCACCUUUUGGUCUGAGAUGCUUUGAGUUGGCAGUUCCGCAUAAAAUUGUUCAAAAUACUUUGUUAUUGUUUGGUCCGAUUGGAAUUCUAUCCAUUUUAUUUGCUUGAUCCAGUCAUUAUAUUUUACCCUGUCACAACUAGUACUGUAGAGCAGGAAUUAAAUGAUGGCACAGCACACUAACUGCAUGGUACAUUUUUGUCAUUUAAAUGCAAAUUUAUGAUCAUAAUUUUUUCCAUAAUGCAAGGUGUCAUUUGUGUCAUGUGGCUUGUUUUGAGACUGCCUUAAGUGUUAUAGCUUGCAAUGUAAACAGAGCUUUUCAAGAUCUCCUAGCAUAAUCAUUGAACCAUAACAUUCCUUUUUUGUUGCAUCAUUAAGGUAUGCCAUGAAAUGCCUUGACAAGAAGAGAAUCAAGCUAAAGCAGGGAGAAACUUUGGCAUUAAAUGAGAGGAUUAUGCUCUCCAUGGUAAGUAUUUUGUGAAAGAUCUUAAAUCCAUUUCAAACCUCCUGCCACUGUCAUACUAAGCUCAUAAUAAUUGUAUUCUGAAGUCCCCUAUUUUCUUGAUUACAUGCUGGGCCCUCAGUAAACAGCUGGUGUAACACAGGAAGUUGUACAUAAGCACACUAACCAAAAAGACCAGGCCCUGGUUGUCUAAAUGCUGUAUAGCGCUAUCCAUUGGAUAAUCACUAUCCAGUGGAUAAGUAAUUAGGAAACCAAUUGUGUUAUCCACUCCACUUUUUGAACAACUGGGGCAAGGGAAAUAUUCUUCGUAUGCAAAUAAUUGCCUCUGAUGUCACCAUUUGUUUCUGGUGUCUGUCCAAUUUCUUUUAAGUCAGCUGCUAUGUUUUAUUCCCAUGUAUCUCAAAGAGACUUGUUUAGUUUCAUUGAUCGUGUCCACCAAGGCAAUCGAUAGCUUUAAAUUGACCUUCAUGUUUUUAAUGUCAGUGAUGGUUUUUGUUGUUUUUUCAUUAAUCAUCCUGUUUCAAUUGCUUUUUUUCAGGUCAACAAUCCUUUUAUUGUGUGUAUGACAUAUGCCUUCCAAACUCCAGACAAACUGUGUUUUGUGUUGGACUUAAUGAAUGGUAGGUAUUGCAGUACGUGUGGCUUUCCGCUGGCUGAGAAAUAAAUGACGCUGGUAACUUUUUUGUUACAUACAGUAGGGAGUAUGACUGUGUUCUAGUGUGUAGGGAUCUUCAUGUCAGAUACUCAUUGAAAACUCAGUUUGUUUUCUGGCCAUUGUCUUACCUGCCCCACCCCCCUCCAUAAGCCUUCCAUGUGUUUUCAAGUUGUUUUAGCAUUUCAAGUUGUGCGAUAGUUACAAUAUUGAUGCUAGCCUCAGUUCUUGUUAGCUGGUUUCACAGCUGUUGUAUAUCUAUUAGAAGUAGUAUUUCUGAUUAGUACAGUGGUGAUUAUAUAUAAUGUCAGGCUUAAUGUUUUGGCUUGGCAUGGCUGUCAGUUGUUUGUGUGCAAAACCAUUGUUAUAAGAUUGAGAGUCACUUGGAGCACUUUUCCCCACACUCCUAUAUUUUUGUGCAUUAUGUUAUGUGCACUGCCCUCCCUAACCUUAAUGUAGAUUUGGCCCAGGAUUUUCAAAUGUUUUUUAACAGUAGAAGGGCUUCCCAAAAUUGAGUAGGAGGGGAAAGUUAGAAGGUUGGUUUGAGAAGAGGGCGGGUACUGCGCUCAGAGUAAAUUGGUUCUGGUACGCAGCUCCCAUCUUCUUAUGAAACCAGCCAAAGAUGAGUCUUGGAAAUGUGAUAAGUAAAAUAUUGCUGUGUCCUUUGUAGCCCACAAACACAAAUUUAGAGAAAAGAGAAUUACAAUAAGAGCUCUUUGUUCUAGCCUUAGCUGGGUGGGGAGGGGAUAGGGGUAGAUUUUGUUAAUCUAACUUCUGGGAUAACGGGUCAGGAACAGUUCUUGUGUGAUCACACAGGAAUUCUAAACAGUGAUAAAACUAAUUUGUUACUUUUAUUAAUGUUUAUAAAACUCCUUUUGUAGGUGGUGAUUUGCAUUACCAUUUGUCACAGCAUGGUGUCUUUAGUGAAGAAAAUGUGAGUGGCACUAUACGGUCGAACCUUGAUUAUCUGGACUCAUGGGACUUGAGUAAACAGUCCGGAUAAUUGAGAGUCUGGAUAAUCGAAAAUAUGAAUACAAUAAUGUAAAAAAACAAAAGUUAAUUUUAAUUAGCUCUUACUUGCAUUUAUGUACGGUCUUUAUGUAUUGUGUAUUUACAAAUACAACAGUUACUGUUUCAAGUGUUCAUGUUUGAAACAGAUUAAAAUAGUGUUUUAAACACACGUUUGGAAGGAUUAAUGAGCUUUUUAUUCGUUUCAAUUUUUAAGGAUCACAUUUUAUUAAUAUUCAUGAAAAAAUGGGACCAGGGAAAUGAGUCUGGAUAAUCAAGGUCCGACUGCAUGAGUUACAUGUGAUACUUUUUUUCAACUUGGCUAGCCGCGUAAAAUAAUCUUAUGUCCAGAUUCCCUAGGCUUGUUAGUUUUCAGCAGGUGCUUCGCCUGUCAGCCAAUUGCAAGGAAUCUAGUUACUGUUCAUUUGGUUAAAGUUUGUAGUGGAACAGUUUUUAAAACCUUUUUGUUUGAAAAGUUUUUACUGAUUCGUGAUCUAAUUCUGAUUCUAAUGUCUUUUUUAAUCCAAAAACCAGAAUAUUAGUUAAGGUCUGUUGAAUGUAGAUUAUUGUAAUAUUAGAAGAAUAAAAAGAACUUAGUUUAACUUGAAGCUGUCUUGUAUCUUUUGUUGUUUUUUACAGGUAAGGUUCUAUGCUUCAGAAAUAAUUCUUGGAUUGGAGCACAUGCACGAUAGAAAAAUUUGCUAUAGGGAUCUUAAGGUAAAAAGACACAAGUUAAAAUACAUCCUAACUAUGAUUAAGCUUGUUAAGCUUAUGUUGCAUAAUAUAGUUGAGUUUAACAGCUUAACAGGUAUCCUGCAAGGCCAAACUAGGUACUGAUGUUGUAGGUAUAAUCUUCUCUCAGCGAACCAACUUGAUAAAGAAUUUCCUUUGUUUUCUAGUCCUACUCAUUCACAGGUUCAAAGAAAAUUCUGUUUAACCUGAGAAUAGGCUUAACUACUUAACAGAUGUCUGUCUAUUAACUGCACGUGGCAAAACCAAAUCCAGGCUUUUUUUCGGGUCCCUAUGCAAUGAUAGUUGAAAUCUUGCGUAAACUGUUAUCUUACCUUAAAAAAAAAAUUAAAAAGUACUUACCCUUUCUUCCGUCUUUGUUGGUUUUUUUCAAUAUUCUUGACAUCUUCACUCUUUAAAAUUUGUAAAAGAAAGUCUUGACUUUCACUGAAAGUGACGGCGGCGGGAAAAUGAUGUGUCAUGUGACCUUUUUGUCUAUAUUUGGUUAGAAUGAAUAACGCCAGUAGUAACGCUUCUUCGUGGCUGUCACACUGUCGGUAGAAGUUUAAGGCCAUCCUCUUUUUUUCCCCUCCGUUUAGCGUCGUCUGGCCGACCCAAAUUUUUGGCAUUUUCCAAAAAAAAAGUAACGACGUAGUUAAACCAUUUUCCACUUGAAAUAAUUUUUUUAAUCUCAAAAAUGGGCAUAGUAACAGCAUAGAGAAAAACAGUAACAUUUUUUACAGUAUAUUGUGCAUUUUGUUAAUCCAAAUUUGUGAAUGUUAACUUUUAACGUCAUCCUGGGGUAACAGGGCCUCCUAUUCCGAGACUUCUUGUGAUUUUUUUCUUAGGUUUUUUUUUUCAAUCCAACCGACCGACCCAACAUCAGGAAACGCAUUCGACGCUAAACGAAAAAAGAAAGGGGGAUGGCCUAAUACUAAAGCAGGAAGCUGUAGUCUGUUUCUCAUGUGGACAAAAUUAAACAAGUCGUUAUGAAGAGCUUCACUUUUUUCUUGCAGCAAUUUUUCUUAUAUAGUUGGGCUUAACGCUUAUGGAAAGGAAAGUUUGAAAGAAGAAAUAAAAAAGAUUUAAAAAAAUAAUAAAAGCUGGUAAAAACCGAAAAUGGGCGGAGGAAUCAAAAAAGGGCAAUGAAUUCACAAAUUCCGUCCUAGUUUUUAGAAAAACUGAUCAAAGCAAGUCUUAUUAACCGCUUUGAAUCGCACCCUCAACUUUAACUAAUCUACAUUAGUUAAGAUUGAUCCACAAAAUAAUAUAAACCGUUUUGAAAACCGUUUUUUACGACACCUUUUCACGAGUAGACCAACACAGUAAAUGCAAUACCGAAAAAAAAGGAAAGCGUGGCAACCCGAAAGUCCACUUUUUAUUAUUAUUUUUUUAAAUGAAAAUUAGAAAAAAAAUGAACGUUCAGGCAGGUGAACCGCUAACACACUGAAACUGCAAAACGCAGAUUUCGAGAGCAACAUUUGUAACCGUACCCUGCCAACAGAGUCUCCUUCGAUCUUCCUAAAUAAGACGGGAAGAGGAAGGAAAGAUCGAAGCGACUCUGCUAGUAGGGUGUUGUAACCGAAGUACGACAUUUUAAUAUUUCGUGAUAACGGACACAGAUGACGUAAAACAAAAGAACAAAAAUCAUGAAACAAAGCCAAACAGAUUUUACCGAUGAACAGAAAACAAAGAGGUCUUUUGUUUUUACCCUAAACUCCGCAAGGACGGUUUGAUAGGUGUCAUUCGAUUAACAACGAUCUAAUGUGGCUUUUUUUUCUCUUGGUUUACAGCCUGCCAAUAUCCUGCUAGAUGAACACGGCCAUGUCAGAAUAUCAGAUCUUGGUCUUGCUUGUGACUUUUCGAAGAAAAAGCCCCAUGCCAGCGUGUAAGUACGACAGUGUAUGAAUGAAAUAACCGAAAUCGACGCCCAGCUCUUGUGUCGCCUGUGUAUCUAAGAGGAGUAUUAAUUUUUUGGUUUGUUUUAGCCGGUCUUAUUAUAUACGAAUCUCUCUUCUUCACAACUUUUUCUCACGCAUUAUCAUUUCAAAUGGUUUCCGUUUCUAAGGAGCUAACGUACAUUUUGUAGGAAAAAAAUCUUUUUUCAGGGUUGUGAUGUCCCGUUGAAACUGAGAAAUCUUUAAGAGAUGACGCCCACAUUGUGCCGGCUACAUGUAGCGUCGCGGAAAAGUUUCUCGAAAAAUCCUGUAAAGGUCGCUGCCAAAAUCUGACAGGAUCAAAAAAUGUUCAAAGGCAGUAAGGUUUCGGAUUAGUGUAGCCUCUGUACGGGUAGCUGGCCUGAAUUUCGGCCCACUCCUCGCAAACUCCCGUACUGGAUAGGCCAAAUCCUUAGGGAGCUCAAGCAACGACGACGGCGGCGGCAACGAGAACGGCAAAAAAUCAAUAGGUACUUUUUUUUUGCCGUCGUUGCACGACUACAACGAGGAAGUGCCUAGAUUCACGUUUUGUCGAGGACAUGAACGCAAGAAAACAACUUUCGUUUUCUUUUCCUGAACUUUGAUACAGUCCUUUAGAAUUCAACUCCCAAAAAAUUUUGCCAACAUUUGACGAAUUUAACGAGAUGGAAUAAGCGCGAAUUCGCUUUUUAAGUGACGUUUUCGCAGCCGUCGCCGUCGUCGUUGCAGUGUGCAUGCGUAUCAUCCGUGCUCCCCAGGAUGUUCCAAUCGUUUGACACGUUCAGUUCUUUCUCCGCAGCGGAACCCAUGGUUAUAUGGCCCCCGAAGUUCUGAAGAAAGGUGAGGCAUAUGAUUCCUGUGCGGACUGGUUUUCUCUCGGAUGUAUGCUCUUCAAAUUGCUGGUUGGGUAGGUAUACUAUGGAAUUUUUACAAAUCUGAUUUGAAGUGAUGACUUAACUCUGAGGGAACAUAGUUAAUACAGUUGGGCGCUGAUCUCAAGCGACCGGUUUAUCAAAAAAGCCCAGGAACCAGUGCCUGGGUACCAGCGCAAAAUGGUGUUGUGUUCGCACCUUGAGUGCCUGAUAUGUGACUGCGUACAUAGUUACUCCAAUUCGCCCCAUCAGACGCCAUUUUGAAACGUCAGCUUAUAAUUAGCAGCGAGUACAAAGCAGUGGACUGCCAUAUUACUUGCAAAAACAGUGUGCACAAAGGGACCCGGUGCCCACUUUUUUGUGCACGAGAACAAGGUCUUGACCUUGUACUCGGGUACCGGCACCGUGCCCGAAUACGGGCAUGGGCACUUGAAAAAGGGUGUGUUCACAUAAGUGUCCUACAGCGAGUACUCUUCUCGGGCACCGUGCCUGGGCACCAGCACUGCCCAUUCAAAAGUCCUUCUAAAACUGAUGAAAAGAAACACAAACUGUCGAAAUCACGCGUCUGUCUCAAGUAAAAGGAAUUCCUGUUGCCUUGCCUUUAUUUUUCAUUCGCGUCGGGGACCAGACAACAGCCCCACAGUUCAAUUCGAGUCAACUACCGACCCAGUCUCAAAUCGGGCUAAUAGUGACGUUUGGCUUUUUCAUUUACAGACACAGUCCAUUCAGACAGCACAAAACAAAAGACAAGCAUGAGAUUGAUAGAUUAACACUAACUUACGUAAGUAUGGUUAACAUAAAAAGUCAACUUUAAGUACUAAUUGGCGACAGUAUUUUACGUCUGCAUUUGGAGACGGGACCGCCUUUUUACGUGGUCAUCCUAACCACGCAAAGGUCUAGCCAUUUGCAGAGCAAAGGGAGUAACUUCAUUUCUCAAUUAUUUAAAGACACUGAGGAAUGGUCCGGCCCCGGAAAUCGAACUCGCGACCUCCCGCUCUGCAGUCAAGUGCUCUACCGACUAAGCUAAUCCUGCCGCGGUUAAUACCUCAGUCACAUGUAGAAUUUGCGGUCAAAAUAAGAUUCUGGGGUUUAACUCAAAAAAGGUAAAAUAGUGGAUAGAUGACAUGCUAGGAGACUGUUGUGCUUGUUCAGGUUGGAUUAAUCCAUGAAAUUGUCACUUAACCUACACUAAAAUGAUGUUAAGGCUGUUGUGUCGCGUGGUGAAAUGACGGGCUACGCAAUUGGUAAAAACAUUGUUGUAACUGGAGUCAAAAUAAACACAUAGUCGCCAUUUGGACAUCUCAUUAAACACCUCGUUUGUCCCCAAAAGUUUGGCAUAACUUUUGUUUUUCAUUUCUCCUGGAUAUUGCAGUUGGUAAGAUUAAAGACAAUGGUAAUGCUAAAUGGGGGCCAAACAAGAUGCAUUAUGGGAGAUGUGCAAAUGGCGAAUAAGUAAUAAUUAGUUGAAGAAGACCAAUUCCACUUGUAUUCAACGUGUUGUAUGAUUUUUACUCUUGCAGGAUGUGGAGUACCCAGAAUCCUUUUCAGAGAACAUGAAGUCGUUACUUGCAGGACUUCUCAAUCGAGAUGUCCCCAGCAGGCUUGGCUGCACAGGCUCAGGGUAACUUGGUUUAUUCUAUUUGUUGCAGUGUUAUACCAACAAAUUACUCUAGAAACCAAAAUACAGUCGAACCUCCUCUAACUGUCCCCUCUCCACAACGGCCACUGUUUCUGGCGGACAGACCUUGGAACCUCUGCACAACGGCCACGUUGGGGACAUAAGAAAGUGGCCUUUGUAGAGAAGUUUAAACAAGAGUCAAUGUAUGCACUGUCCGCGCAAAAAACGUGGCCUUUGUUGAGUGGUUGCCGUUGUGGAGAGGUGGCCGUUAGUGGAAGUUCGACUGUACAGUCAAACCUAGGGAGAAGAAGAGGUAGCAAUGUUCAAAACAUGAAUGCUCCGCCAUCCAUAUACACGGUGUAUGUGACAUUGUAUAUGAGGGUCUGGAUUUUGAACUCAGAGCCUUAUUGCUUUUCUAUUUUCUUCGCAGAGCAAGAGAAGUGAAAGAUCAUACUUUUUUUAAAGAACUGGAUUGGAAGCUGGUUGAACUCUUAAAGGUAAGAGGCCAUGUUGCUAGAUAGAAACCAACUUAGCGGGACGAAAAACGUUAAUCUACUGUUAACCUGCCUUCAGUCGUUCUUUUGUUGAUGUGGGAGCGUACGUAGGGAGUGCAAAUUUUGGAGAAGGUGGGAAUGGUGGCCCUGCGAGCGAAAUUGCUUAAUUGCCGGCGUAAUGUGUAUUAUAAGCCAUAUACAGCUGAUUGGAAAGGUUGUUACAAGCUUCAAGGUUUACAUUCGCCGCUUUAGGAACGAGAAAGGAACUGGUCCGAGUUAUGUUUCGCAAAGGCUUCUGGGACCGUUACUAAGGAAAGGGGAAAAAUUGGCCAAUAGCUGACCGCCGCGUCCCCUUUAACGAUCCCAGAAACAAUUGCGGGACGCAUUUCGGCUCCAGCUCCCUUCUUGUUUCUGAAGUGGCGAAUGACAAUGCCGAAACGGAGUCUGGGGUAUCUGAAUAAAUCAGCCCGUAAAGUAUAUCGUCUUAGUCGCGAGUGUUAGUCGUCUCCGUGUGUCGUGAGCACGUCAAUAAAUGAAUCUUAACAAGUAAACAACAGAGACUGAAUCAAUUAACUUAAGGACUUCUAUCUCAGAAUGCUUCGUUUAUGGUUCUUUUCCCACGUCACUGAAACGCUUAGUCAAGAAAGUACUUUUUAAGUUUUUUGUGACAACCAUUCUCAAAUCAACUGAGCAUUCCUGGUCACUCCUUCCUUCAAAAACUUGAUUAUUAUGUUUUUCUGUCAUGUUUCGGUGAACUUUCCUGAAUGAAUCUUACUCAUAAACAAAGGGCCAUUUAUAGCAGGAAAAAUAAGACGCGUCCUAAAUAAGACGCAAACUGUCCCUUAUAAACACGAUAGGCAACAUUCAUUUUUCGUCUGAAAUAAGACGCGACUUGACUGAGACGCGUCUUGUCUCAGGGUAAAGCGAUACCAGAAAAGUAAAAAAAUCAUUUUUUACAGCUUGCCAUUUGGGCAAGCUGAAAUAUUUACCAUCAAUGAAAGCGUAUUAUUGCCGAAUGAUUAAAAGUUUCAGCUAAACGCUCUUGUAUUAAGCCCAGAUGUCACCUUUCUUCUAUCCCCGAAAAUUUUUGUUUAUGGUUUUUUUCCCACGUCACUGAAACGCUUAGUCAAGAAAGUACUUUUUAAGUUUUUUGUGACAACCAUUCUCAAAUCAACUGAGCAUUCCUGGAAAAACUUUCGUCUUCGGUGAACUUUCCUGAAUGAAUCUUACUAGGGCCAUUUAUAGCAGGAAAAAUAAGACGCGUCCUAAAUAAGACGCAAACUGUCCCUUAUAAACGGCACAUUCAUUUUCGUCUGAAAUAAGACGCGACUUGACUAAGACGCGUCUUGUCUAAAACACAAAAAAACAUUUUCGCCUCAAUAUUUGGCGGAGUGAAUUGCGUAAUACGUUUUGAAUUAAGCCCUGUCGGGGUUAAAACUUUGCUUGUCCCUGACGACUACUUCUGUUGACAGAGUCAUUUUUACCAUUGUUAUGCCAUCUGUUCACACAGUACCCGCCACCACUCGUCCCUCCUAGAGGUGAAGUUAAUGCCGCUGACGCAUUUGAUAUCGGCUCGUUUGACGAGGAUGACGUCAAAGGCAUCAAGGUAAUAUUCUUGGCUUAUGACCACGUGACAAGGCGGCCAUGUUGGUUAAUAACCUCGUUUCCAUGGCUCUCUGAAGAAAGAGAACCGUGGGAACGAGGUUGGUUGGUUGACAAAACAAUACAUUGUUUUACAUAAUUUGCAUGAAAAUCAGUUUAGUUCUUAGCGGGAGGGAGCACUUUUGGUCUUUUCAGCCAACAUUCAGUUGCCAACCAGCAAUAGUAAUACAAAAGAAUGGUUAGAGCGAAUGGUUGGGCUGAAUGAGACCUUUUAUUUUAAUUCCUGUUUAUAUGAAGGCACGCGCACUUCGCUCGAAAAUCGGACGCAAGCGCUUCGUGCCUUGAAAACCAAUAUUGAGAAAAAACUGACUGCUUUGCAGUCUUGUUCAGUUACCACCGCACGAGAGUCCAGUUGCUUACCGGAAAGGCUUGUUCAGCGACCAAGGGAAAAGAUGGUAACUCUUUACCUUCAACGAUGCUUGAGUUAAAAAAAACACAUAUUGUAACGAAUGAAAAUGGCUACUUUUCCUUUAAGAUGACGGAACAAGACCAGGAGAUUUAUAAAGAUUUCAACUUAACGGUGUCAGAGAGAUGGCAGCAAGAAAUUGCUGGUAUGUUUUGAUAGAUACCUCUUAAUCUCGACUAAAUGGUCAAUCAAAUCAACAACUUGAGUUUGACACAGUCGAACCUUCCCAGUGGCGGAUCCAGGGGGGGACGCCCCCCCUUUAUUUUUAGACCAAACUGAGGCCUGAAGGGCCGAAAAAACUUUGUGGAGACUUUCCCCUCCUUAUCUCAGGGUCUUGAUGACCAGCCCUGCCCCCCUUUAUCUUAAUGUCUGGAUCCGGCACUGCUCCCCGCACCUCCCCGUAAUUGACCACCCAAAAUGGUCGCUUACGAGAAUAACCACAGGGUUGUCUUCUGAGAAGAGGCCCCGACACAUCUACUUUUUGGCAGAGAAUUUAUAGACCUUUCCCGCAUUCCUGUAAACAAAGGCAUCAAGUCGAGGCUUGGGUGGACAAAUACAGUGAUUUGUAUGAAAUUGUCCACCCGAACCUCGACCUCAUUUUUUAAUGUUUGCUCACUGGAGCGGAAUGCGGGAAAGGACUAUUGCAUGCAAUUUCUAAGUCACCAUUAUCAAAUGUAGCGACAUGUUCUCACUGAAAGUUCUUCGUGUACUCGGAGUCGCGUAGUACAUGUUGUAGAUAGGUGAUCGUUUACGAGAGGUGGUCGCACAAGGAGUUUCGACUGUACCAUCAACUGAUGAUAUCGAAUUUACCUUUAUACGAUGUUUAUUUCUGUGUAAUCUGUUUUAAAUUGCAGAAACCGUAUUCAAGGUUGUCAAUGAGGAACACGAUAAAUUGGAAGCCAAGAAGAAGGCAAAACAUCAGAAUUCAAUAACGGGUAAGAAAUACAUGAAUUUGGAAUGUUUCACGUGCACAGGAUUUUGUCCAACUUCUCAAAAGUUACCGUAGGGUUACCUUUCUCUGUAGAUCUUUAUAACAAUGAAAGGCUUAAUGCGGAAUUGGAGGCUGAGGAUUUCGUGGAGUAUUAAAAAGACUGACAUUUGUUUGUCUGUUAAACAAACAAGCAAGGAUGAUGCGCGACUAGAUGUUCAGAGGGAUCGGAUACCCACCUAGAAAAUUCGGUCCGCUUUUUAGCAGUGGACGUAGAAAGUGUCCUUGAUCAGCAUUUUUAUAACAGAAUUCAUGACUCAGUUUCUAACAAAUUCUUACGUACUUUUUUCACGUCUUUAGUUGCAGAAGAUGGUGACCACUUGUUGGAAGGUUAUUUGUACAAAUUAGGAGGAACUUUGAUGAGCAACUGGCCGAGAAAAUACUUCCACCUCUUUCCUAAUCGACUGGAAUGGCGAGGCGAACAGGCUGGGGUAUGUUUUCUGUUUCCUAUGAAAGUAUCCGGGGGUCAUGCUCAUGGCAGCCAGGGCGGAAAUUACCUGCUCUUAGUGACAGCUCUGAUUGCUGUUUUAGAGAGUCAUUAAUCUACCCUACUUCUCUCUUAAAGGCUUACCGGUCCCUUCACACUUCUUUACAAGAUAUUGAUGAACUCUUCAGAUGUUAUUAACAGGCAUGAAAAAUAUUAGGACCAUUAGUCAUAAAGUGUGAGGUUCUCUUCUGAUGAAGGUCAUGCUGUUCUUUGUAUCGUUAGCAAAUGCCCAGUCUUUUAUGUAUGGAGAACAUUACAGGAGUUGAAGAAACUCAAGUCAAAGGCUUUAAAUGUAUAAAGAUCAGCACAAACAUCCGGGAUAACAGGGAUCACAUCCUUAGAGCAGAGGUACUCGUAGCAAAAGUACAAUCAUGAUAGAAACACCGUAAUUUUUAGGGAGUCAUUUUAACUCCGAAAAUGGAAUAAAAAUUUUAGGUACAGGAUAACCCGUUUUGGGGGGUUACUUUAAAUCCUAUUUUAACUCCGAAUUUGGGUUCAUUUUUACUCCUGAAAAACGAGUUCUUUUUACUCCCAGUCUGGAGUUAAAAUAACUCCGAAAUGGGGUUAUUUUUUCUCCUUACAUGGGUUAUUUUUACUCUUUUUGGAGUUAAUGUAACUCUGAAAGUGGAGUAAAAAUUGUGGGUACAGGAUAACUCCUUUUUUCGGGCUAUUUUAACUCCUCAAUAUCGGGGGUCACUUAUUCCCGAAAAAGAGUGCUUUAUACUCCUUUUUGGAGUUAAAAUAACUCCCCCCAAAAUAACUCCACUGUAAGGAGGUAAAUUAGCCCCACUAGAGGAGUUAUUAUAACUAACUGAAAAUUACUGUGAAGCAAGAUAGUCAGGCCAGUUUAGGUGUUAUUAAAAUAAAUACUUUGCCCAGAGGCUAGGAGGAAUAAACCAAAAGAAAUCAGUUCGACAUUCAGGGAUAAAUAAUUGAUUUCGAAGCAACGGAGUAGGGUAUCAAUUUUAAUGUAUCGAAAUCGGCUCAUUGAUAUGUUAGGCCUCGCUUCCCGGUAUUCAUAUUCUCAAACUUGCCCUGCGGAGGAUGAUUUGCAUAGCAUAAAUUUUCUGCGAAUUUCUGCAGUAGAUUUCUUGGAGAAUUAUUGAUCAUCCUAGAAGCUUACCUUGAUAUCUGACUAUCCACUCAGGACCACGUGAUCAAAUCAAAGAGCACAGAUCAGUUAGUGGAUUGUAAAGGGUUUAUUGUCGUCGGCUUAGAAACAUCUCCUAAAGUUGGGUAGUUAAAGAAGACAAGAACUCACUUAUGAACUGUGGAUAUUGACUGCUAUGAGUAUUGCUAAUCUUUUACUGUUGUUGUUUCUUACCUCUAUUCUAGACCGAGACAGAAUUCCAAGAAUGGAUGAAAGAGAUCAAACAGUCAUUUCAGCAGGCGCAGGUCAUGAUGCGCGCGGGCGCGAAAAUCAUGAGUUCCGGCCACCGUUACAUCACGCAAUACAGCAAAGAGGAAAACGGCCCGGUGUCGCCAUGAUAAAAUAUCGUUCUCACGCACAUCUUCCAUCCUGUAAAUACGCACAGAAUAAAAUCAAAGAGUUCCAACUUGAGAGAACGGGCUUCAAACUGCUACUGUUUUCCCAGUGGCAAAGAACAUGACGUAGUAAAUAGGUGUUGUAUGAUUGGUCAGUACUAUAGAUGUGAAUUACCUACCAUUGCCUGCGUAUAGGCAGAAACAAAGUAUCAUGGAUUGGAGAGAGAAGUUUAGGCGCGAUUGUGGUGUAUGAAUGACGCUAUUCUUCGCGGUCACGUGGCUGAAGACGACGUCGUCACAUGUUUUGUCAUUGGUUCCAUUUAGUUGUUUUAAUUGCCUUUUAAAUGGUGCAGUUCAUCGAGUCAUUGAAAGUAUACGGAAUUUCCCUUUCUGCAGCACCUGCCAAAAGAGAAAAAUUAUCAAUGUCCAUAGGUUUAUUAUGAAAUUUCUCCGUCUUUUACACUUGUACAAAAUUCUAAAUCAAUUCUUAACUUAAGUGAAAGAAUUUCUGUCUGCGUUUAUCUCUUAGCAUCUUAGUAUCGUGAUGGUAGUUGCUGAAAAUAUAAUUAUGUGGAUAGAAUAUCACUUGUAGGAGAGAGAUGUAUGCAGAAGUUAGAAAAAAUAUAGCAGUCUGAGACGCCAACAUCGAACUGAUAUAAGUCCCGCGAUAUUUGCUGGGCAAAUUUCAACCAUAUCGGCAAGCAUUUUAUGAGUCAAACUUUCCGCUGUGUAUAUUUAUUUGCAAGGCAGUUUAAUUUGUAAUGUCGUCUCAAGAUGGUCAUGAAAAAUUGUCUGUACUCUUGUAUAUGAUUCUUUAUGUUCUUGGCAUUGCGUGUCUUCUGAGUAAGAAUUUUCAGUCUUGCUUUGCCGAGUUCAUUUAAAGUAUUUCUUAAGAGAUAUAACAGUGGCGGAUCCA